GACACAACUUCGUACUGUAGGUCUGGAGAACACCAAGGGGGAGGAUCUUAUUUCACUCCCCUGUGCACAGCCUGAGCAUACAUCAGACCUUGAGGUGCUCAGAGUCAGACAAGAGUAAAGAGGCGUGUGAUGGUUCUGCCUUAGUACUUGUACAGGCAGGAGUGUUUCCAGUACUUCUUUGUACAACUCACUGAGGGAAUGGGAAACUGUUUUAUAGCUCUGGAAACAUAAGCACAGUAAGAAUGUCUGAGGCUAUCCGGUGCACUCUCGUGAACUGUAGUUGUCAGUGUUUCAAACCUGGGAAAAUAAAUCAGCGACAAUGUGACCAAUGCCGGCAUGGAUGGGUAGCACAUGCCCUGAGCAAACUAAGGAUUCCAAACCUCUACCCAUCAAGCCAAGUAGAAAUAGUUCAAUCCAAUGUUGUCUUUGAUAUCAGUAGCCUCAUGUUGUACGGAACCCAAGCCAUUCCUGUGCGCCUUAAAAUUCUGCUCGAUCGGCUUUUCAGUGUUCUGAAGCAGGAAGAGGUGAUACAGAUUCUCCAUGCUCUGGAUUGGACACUGCAAGAUUAUAUACGUGGAUAUGUGCUACAGGAUGCUUCAGGAAAGGUGCUGGAUCACUGGAGCAUAAUGACCACUGAAGAAGAACUGGCUACUUUGCAGCAGUUCCUUCGCUUUGGAGAAACGAAGUCCAUUGUAGAGUUAAUGGCAAUUCAAGAGAAAGAAGGGCAGUCGAUCAUAAUACCACCACCAACUGCCAAUUUGGAUAUUAGGGCAUUCAUUGAGAGCUGCAACCCACACAGUCCUAAUUUUUCUGCUUCCUUGGACAAAAUGAGUCCCACCAACAUUCAUCCUUUUGAGAAUCUUGUAAAUAACAUGGCUUUCAUGCUGCCGUUUCAGUUUUUCAGCCCAGUGCCUCCACCUUUGAUAGGUUCACCACCAGAAAGACAUUUGAUUGAGCAAGGUCAAGAGCAUAGCAACGAAACCAAACAAGAUCUUCAGAUACCAUUUUCUGAAAGCAGUUUCUUAACUUCUAGUUCUGCACCAUUUCAAGUGGAAAAUGAGAGGAGCAUAAAUGGUCCAGAUAUCACUAAAACAGAAGAUGAUGCCCUUUUAAGUGAUUCCAGUUCACACAAUACAGCAGCCAAGCUUGAAAUGACAGCACUAUCUCCAGAAAACAAAAUGAAAUCUGUUGAAAAAAAUGCUGGGCCUAGGAAAGGGCGUGUCUUCUGCACUGCAUGUGAAAAAACAUUUUAUGAUAAAGGUACUUUGAAAAUACAUUACAAUGCUGUUCAUCUGAAGAUAAAGCACAAAUGCACCAUUGAGGGCUGCAAUAUGGUGUUCAGCUCUUUGCGUAGUCGAAAUCGUCAUAGUGCGAAUCCUAACCCCAGACUCCAUAUGCCAAUGAACAGAAAUAACAGGGAUAAGGAUCUAAGAAAUGGUUUGACCAUUGCUGGACCUGGAGAUAGUAAAAGGACAGAAUUCACAAUUUUAACUCCAGAUAGCAGAACUAUUUCCAGCUAUGCCAGCUCUUGUACAGAUUCCAAAGGCCAGGCUGGAUUUUCCAGUAUUGGACAUAAUGGUGUCCUCUUUCCAAACCUGAAGACAGUACAGCCUGUUCUUCCUUUCUACCGUAGUCCAGUCACACCAGCUGAGCUUGCCAAUACUCCAGGUACUCUUCCUUCUCUGCCUCUUGUUUCUUCGUCCAUACCAGAGCAGCUUGUUUCCAAUGAAUUGCCAUUUGACAUGCUCCCCAAGAAGAAGUCUCGUAAGUCCAGUAUGCCCAUUAAGAUAGAGAAAGAAGCUGUUGAGACACCCAAUGAAAGUAGCGAUGUUGCCAGCUCUGAAGAUGAGUCACGCCUGCAGGGGGUAAGCGAUGGAGAGCUUGAGACCUGUGAGCAUAAGAUAGAGAAGCGGGUGACCGACAGGGUGGAAAAGCACCCCCAUUCAGGUAAUUCAUGGAAAUCUCUCUCUGGGGUAGAGGGCCCAAAGUAUUUUGAAUCUGUCUUUGCACCAAAUAACAAAUACAUCGAGGAUAUCUCUGAGAAUGAAUUGCAACACUGUGAGAAAGAGGUUAAACCAGAAGAAAACCAACCAUUAAAAAUAGUUUCCCAUGAGAUAAUGUAUGAAGAUCCAAAACACCACCACAGUGAUGUUAUAAAACCAAUGACUGAACCCCCCAUGUAUAUUAAAGAGCAGUCAAAGCACGGGAUUCCUAAAAAUGACUGCCCUGAAUUGCAACACCACUUGCUGACCGGGGGCUUUUUCAGCACUUUGUCAAACAGGGGUGCUGCCAUUCCUUGUUUUGAAGACUCUAAAGAUAUGGAUCAUGUCAGUCAACAUGCACUAGGGAUUCAGAAGGAAGAAAGCCGCUUUCAUUGUGACAUCUGUAAGAAGACUUUUAAAAACCCUUACAGUGUAAAAAUGCAUUUCAAAAAUGUACAUCUCAAAGAAAUGCAUAUUUGCACAGUUGAGGGCUGUAAUGCUGCUUUCCCUUCUCGUAGAAGUCGAGACAGACAUAGUUCAAACCUAAAUCUUCAUCAUAAACUUCUGACUAAAGAUACACUGGAAUUCAACAACCAUUUCAAUGCAACAUACCUCUUGAAAGACAUGGCUAAGGAGUUUUGCCAAGAUGUCUCUUUAAAACAACACGUUGGACGUACUUCUGUAAUCUUCAAAGGAGUGAACAGAACAGGCAGCUACAUUUUUCCAAUGAGCAAAAUUGCAGAACCCUGUUCUGAGAGUUAUGGAUACGAUCCAUUAAAUGAUGGAGCUGUUCUGGAUCUAAGCACUACUUCCAGCGUUAAAUCUGAGAGCAGUGCUCAUUCUUCUUGGGAUUCUGACGGAGGAAGUGAGAUAUGCACCAUGCCCUUGGAUGAUAGUGAUGAAAGCUGUGAAGGACCCAGCCUAAUGCCCAAUGAUGAACUCUACCAAGACUGUUCUCUAAUUGAGAAAGCUAAUCAAAACUUUAUAAACUUGCCUUCCAGUUUGCCAAUAACUUGUCACAUAUGUCAGAAAACAUACAGUAAUAAAGGAACUUUCAGGGCUCAUUACAAAACUGUGCAUCUCCGCCAGCUCCACAAAUGCAAAAUCCCAGGUUGCAACACAAUGUUUUCAUCUGUUCGCAGUCGGAACAGGCACAGUCAAAACCCCAAUCUGCACAAAAGUCUGGCUGGGUCACCAACUAGCUUACAGUAAGAUCAGACUGAUCUAAUUUAUUUCUGCUAAGAAUUAAUCAUUUCAAUUAAGGAAUGUGUUAACAUUAGUUUUAUUUAAGCUCAUUUGACUUCUAGCUCACUCAACAACCACAGUCAAAUUCUUUUCUCCUGUGUGCUCUCCAGCAGUUUCAGUUAGCAAAGCUUGGUGCUGUAGUUUUUGUGCAAUUGUUUGAUGUUGAACAGCUAAAACUUCUGUGAGGAAAAGAAGACAUCUUAGAAAGGGGGGUAGUAGGGAGACAUUAAUUUAAGUGUUUCUGAUACCUGUGAAGUAUUACUUGCCACAAUAGGAGCUUCAAAUGAGAACCAUCAUUGCUUGUGUUUACAUGUUAAAUGGAUUGUUGUGUUGUGUAAGAAAUGAGUAAUGAUUGGGAUGAGUUUCCUCUGGUUGGAUUGAGAAUUUUGAGGCUACCAUUUAAUUCCUGAGACCUUAGUCUGAAGCUGACUUGCAGUGUUAGUGGGACAGAGUAUAUGUACCUAACUAUAUCCCAAAAUCCAAAGGAGAAAAUACAAAUUUGGGAAAACUGCAUAAAGUCCAAAUCUUCUGAAAAUCCUGCAGUCCUUACUCUUUAAGUUUGCAUUUCACUUCAGUAAAUAUUACAGUAUUUUGGAUUUCUUAGAAUUUAAUACCAUUUGCUUUGCAGGAAAAGGGGCUAUUUAACUUGUUGGCAGAAUAGCCUGAAUAAAUCUGAGACAUUCUGAUAAAUUGUAGUGGUAGAAAGAAUUAAUAGGUUAAGCUAAAAUUUCUAAACUGUUGCAAAUGCAUCCAUAAAAUAAGGGGGAAAGUAAGCCCUUUAAUUUAAAAUGCACUUUUUGAGUUCUACUUUCAGAAAGAGAAGUUUUGUUAAAAAUAGGAGGGGAAAAAAAAAAGGAAAAAAUCCCCAACCAAAUAUCCAAACUUCUUAGGAGUUUGAGGGUGCAGUUCUAAGCCUCUGAGAGAAAGUGAUUAAAUGGAUGCAGUAGAUAGAUACAUCUUUGAUGCAGCAGUUAUUUUCUCUUACCAGUGGGGGAUAACAUGUGUUGAUCUUUGUAACAAUGGAAGAAUGCUUAUUCUCAUUCACACCUCUUUUAAUAAGAACUUUGUUCAAUAUCUGUUAAAAUGUUUCAUAUCUUUGAGGUUGCCCCAGUAAUUAACAGUAUUCUGCAUUACAUUCUAUGCACUUAAGAAGACUGGCCUUGCAUUGUAUUUAAAAACACUUUAAUAUUUAAUUUGUAGUCACAUCAUACAAAUGCUGUGUGUGUACUUGUGGUGUGUCCUUUUUCAAUCAUUUGCAAAGAGGAAAAGAAAUAAGAAAGCAAGUCUUUUACAGUCCCUUUUUUACUUUAUUCCACCAGUGGAAUUCUGUUGAUCAAUUCUAGUAUGCAAGCAUGACAUUGACAGCACAAUCUGUACAUAUUAUACCAAAGUGCUUACAGUAUUUGUGGUUUCUAGAACUAGCCUAGUUUUCCAGUAUAACUGGAUCUUAGUCUUUAUUCAUUUUUGUGACUGAAUAAAAAUAGACUGAAAUUCAGGAUUUGAUAUGUAUGUAGAAAGAAUAGUACAAUGCUAUUGCCAUAUGUCUUGAUGUUUAACUUAUUCUAAAAAAUACUAUGGUAUUGUAACCAUUUCAUAUUGUAUAAAAGAAACAAAUGUGGACUGAUUAUUUCACCAAUUCUUUUGAAAACUGGUUUGUGUGUGAGUAUGGGUUAUGCAAGGAAAAAAACAUGACACAGUUGUAAAUGUUUGUGCUCACUAGAAAUGGUUUCCAUGCGUUCUGUAAAGUAAUCUUCUAUUUUUUUAAUUUACUGUAGGUUUAUGUGAUAUUUAAAAUAAUCCAUUUGUGCUUGAAGCCGUCAGGAAAAAAAUAUUAGCCUGCGGAACAUUGUGCCAUUUCUUUGAGGUUUUGUGUUCUGGGGGAAUCGGUGUUUUGGUUUUUUUGGGGCGAGUAGAGUGGUGUUUGUUUUGUUGAGGUUUUUCAUUGUUGUUUUCUUUGGAUUUUUAGUAGAAACUCAUAUCAGUGGGGGUCAUAGUUUGAAAGCUAAGGGCACAAUCACAGGAGACACAAUUGCUCCCAGCCUUUUGAUAGUAUAAAUCAAUUAUUUGUUAUCCAGCUAUUUCAAGCUCUUUUUUUUAUACAUAUAUAUAUACAUAUAUAUAUAAACCUCUUUGUUUAAUCAUUAACUGGUUUUUUGAAACAAAAUGUGAUGUAAACAAAUGUAAUGCCCAUUUAUUUAGUUUUCACUGUGUCAAAAAAAAGAAACACAUUUGUAUACCCUAAUAAUUUUGUAUGUGUUAAUAAAAUCCAAUAAUAAUGCCUCUGGUUGAUUCAGAAAAGUAGGCUUUUUUGCUUUAAAAUACUGCUAUUCUUAAUUUUUAUUAAAAAAAAAAACAAUUUCUGAGAACACAUUCUGUCUGUAGAGAGCACUGGUUUGACAAUGAUACUAACUUAUUCCAUAAUAAGGAAGUGUCAUUAUAUUAAUGAGCCAUUAGAUGUAAUGCAAUAAAUGUUGUCAGAUAUUUUAUUGGUUUUUUUUUUCUUUGUGCAGUAGGCAA